CUCUCGGAAUAUAAAGACUUGUAGAGAAGGAUGGCCGCUGCCGCCGGAGAAAGGCUUCAGGAGGAGAAGUGUCGAAGUUUCAUCUGAGGGUGUAAUGCAUACCAGCUAUGGCCACUGCCUGCGAGUUCCGUCCGAGGCGCUACAGAGGAGUAGAGGGGGCGAGGCCACAGACACAGUGGACAUGAUCACCUCUGUAUUUAGCAGCCGCUACCUCCAGAAUGGGACAUCUAUUCUAGAGAAGCAGGUGCUGGGUGUGUGGGUGGGUCAUCAGGAUGUCAAUCAUCUCUCCGAACCAAUCAGCAUCACUUUCUGGAGGACACCCAACACAAGAACUGAUGAUGGGCGGUGUGUGUUCUGGGAUGACAGCAACGGUGACUGGAGUUCUGAAGGAUGUCUGAUGUCAAAUCAGACGGAGGAGGAGUUUGUGUGCAGCUGCAACCACCUGAGCUUCUUUGCUGUGAUGCUGCUGCCACAGGAGGGGGCGAUGUUGAGUCCAGCAGAUUACGUCGCCCUCCAUUAUAUACACCUGUGUGGAUCCAUCAUCACCUGUAUCCUAGCAACCCUCACAUGCCUUCUAUACCUCAGACACAGGAGGAGGUUGGACCACUCCGGCUUCAUCCAUCAGCAGCUGGCUCUCUCUCUCCUGCUGCUGCACAUUCACUUCCUGCUCAGCGCUUGGUGGGCGGGCCAUACGCAGGGCCAGCCUAUCACAGUCCUGUGUAGGGUGAUGGGGGCGGGACUUCACUACUCCCUAAUGGUUGUGUGCAGCUGGAUGGCGGUGGAGGGAUUUCACCUCUACCUCCUAUUGGUCAGAGUCUUCAACAUCUACAUCAGCAGAUACAGGCUCAAAGUGGCCCUGUUUGCAUGGGGCCUGCCAGUAGUGUCAGUAGUGGUGUGUGCAGCCCUGAACGGAUAUGGACACUAUGAAAUGAAAAAUGACUCAGACAACUACACAGACAUGUGCUGGCUGCAGGUCCCUGAUGAUGAUGAAGCUAACUCUAACUCCAACGGUCCCAGCUGGAGUGCGGUGUGUGUGAGCGUGCUGCGCUACCUGACGGUGGAGGUCUACCUAGCGCUGCUGGUGCUGGGCAACAGCCUGAUGCUGGCCGUGGUGGCGUCUAAGCUGUGUGGCCGCGCGUGUGGCAAGGGGCAUCACGUUUGUGCAGAGCAGGUGGUGAGCGUGCGUAAGCGGGUGUGUCGCGAUGCCGCCUCGGUGCUGGUGCUGAGCUGGGCCCUGGGGCUGCCCUGGGCACUGGGCUUCACAGGACACUUCUCGCUCACCUCCAUCUACCUGUUCAGCAUCCUCAACGCCUCUCAAGGUGUGUGUGUGUUCCUGUGGUGUCUUGUUCUCAUAUGCAAGAGGAGCCAUCAGAUGGAAUCCAGCAGCCAGAACACUAUCAAGAUGAGCCUGCGAUAACACACACACACACACACACACACACACACACACACACACACACACACACACACACACACACAC